AUGAAACAAUAAUGAAAAUUGUUGGUCUCAGCUUUACAAAAUUUAUUGGUUCCACUUCUAAAUAAUUUUCUUUAUAAGGGAAAUCCAAUAUUAGAAAUAUCAAAAAAAAAAAAACCUGUUGCCGAUCUUUUUUUGUUGGAGAUGGCAAGCUCAGAACUAACACCAACCAUAACACACAAACAAUCAAAUGAUGAUGAUGAAGGUCGUGAAGAGAAAAACUAUUUUGGUUUCUCCAUGCACUUUUAUCAAAACUUUUGGUGUUUAGAUAUGUUUCCUAAUGGUGUAAAAUCCUUUCAACAAUAUUUUCAAGCUCAAAAUAGUGAUAUCAUUUUAGCCAGUUUACCUAAAACUGGUACGACUUGGUUAAAAACCCUCCUUUUUGCCAUUAUUAAUCGACAUAAAUAUGACAAAAUCUCUCAACUUCCCUUUAAGACCAUAAUUCCUCAUGAACUUGUUCUUCAUUUUGAAGUUAAUGUCUACAAAAAUUUCACUGAAGAUCAUCCCAUUACCAACCCACCUGAUUUAAAGGAAUUACAGUCUCCCCGACUGUUUGCAACGCACAUGCCAUAUUCAUCUUUGCCUGAAUCAAUCAAGUCCUCAAACUGUCGUAUUGUUUACGUUUGUCGAAAUCCUUUCGACACUUUUAUUUCAUUAUGGCAUUUUUAUCUCAAGUUCGACAUAAAUAAAAGCAGUAAUGAAUUUAUGGAAGAGAGAGUGAUGGAGGAUUAUGUGCGUAAGUUUCGCAAUGGAAUCUUUCCAUAUGGGCCUUAUGAAGAUCACUUAUAUGGGUUUUGGAAAGAGAGCAAAGAAAACCCUAAAAAGGUGUUGUUGUUGGAGUAUGAAGGGUUGAAGAAAGAACCAAAAGAUCAUUUGAGAAAAAUAGCUGAGUUUGUGGGUUUUCCAUUUUCAAUUGAGGAAGAAAAAAAAAAUGUUGUGGAUGAAAUUAUUGAGCUUUGUAGUAUUAAAAGUAUGAAAGAAAUGGAGAUAAAUAAAAAUGGAAAGUUUUUUCCUUGGUUUGAAAACAAGGCUUUGUUUAGGAAAGGAGAUGUUGGAGAUUGGACCAAUUAUUUGUCUCCUUCAAUGGUUAACCAAAUUCAACAUAUAAUGGACGAUCUAAACAAUAAGGGUUUUUCUUUCAUGUACUAUCAAAUAUAAUGCCCUUCAAAGGUAGUCGUACAAUCUCUAUAUCAAGUUGUCAUGAUCUUUAAAUUGCUACUUCUAUGUUUCCAUUAUAAAUUAUUAUUUAUUAUCUCUUUUUUUUUUAUUUCCGUUUUACUUUUUGAAUAUUUUUAAAGUAAUUUUCGAAUUUCAUUAUCUCUAAAUACGAAUUACAAAAAAUAUAUAAUAACAAAGUAUGAAUUAAAACGAUGUUAAAUAAAUAUUUGUUUCGAUCGGAUUUCCGAAAGAGUUAUCUCAUAAGGUUAAUCGUGACGUCUGUUUUUUUUAAUAUCGUUAUGAUGGGUAAAAACGAUUUUAUAUAUCUUUUUCGAAUUAACUGUCAGGAAAUAGGUGAAUAAGUACUUAUUUUGAUCGGAUUUCCUAAAGUAAACACAAGGGUACAAUUUGUAAUUAGGAAAGUCAAAGAGGAUUAGAGGUGGUCAAAAAAAGUCAAAGAUAAUUAGUAAUUGUCAACGGUCAUUUAAACUGGUUAAAAGUCAUAUGGGUUGGUUAACGGUCACUUAGCUUGAAAGGGGUACAUUUUGAUACUUUCGAGGUUGUAAUUCGCAAAAACAAUCAGACCAAACCAAAAAAUCCGAUCUGGAAUCAGACUGGACCAGACCAUUUGAAUCACUAGACCAAAUCAGACCAAAUCGUUCUACAACUAACUGGUCUAGUCUAGUCUAUGAUUUUUUAUUUUUAAAUUUUUUCAAAUUAAUAUAUGUGUUUAUGCAAAUAUUUCGUACUUACAAUCAUCAAAUAUAAUAAUUUGUAAUUAGUUGAUUGCAUCAACAUCAUUCUAGUAUAUAUAACUAUAUAAAAAUAACUACAACUCUUUUUAAAAACAAUUAUGGUUUUUGGUUAUAGUACGAUUUGCGGUCUGAUCUGGUCUGAAAAAUAAAAAAUCAGGAACAGACCAUAAACCGUAAUUUGUUUUUAAAAAUAACUAAACCAGACCGUUUAGACUGUAGUCCAAACCUAAUAUUAAAGUUGCGCUUUGGUCCGAUUUAAUUUGAAAUAUAGACCAAACUUUGUUCAAACCUAGAUUAUCUUACAUAUCUUUGUUUGGGUUGCAUAUGUUUAUUUUUGAAAUUUUUUCAGUUUCUUAUUUUGUCCUUAAUAUUUUUCUUAGUCCACAUACUUAAGAUAUUCUAUAUGAG